CUCUUAAACUUUCUGGUUUCUACUCAGAGGCUGAGCUUUCCAUUCUCGGUGAAUCUAAUCCUCACAGGGAUCCCUUCUUCGGGGACCCAUUUUUCAUCAACAUUGACCUCCAUUGUCGUUACUUGUUGGUUUUUCUUUUCACAAUCUAAUACCCCUAAUUCUCUGUACUAGUCUCUAUUCAAUUGGGUUUUCUUUAUCUCAACUGGGUCGUCUUCUAUUUCCACUAGGUCACUCUGGUUCUUGAAAUCUUGGGUUCCUAUUAUCCCUGUGAACUUCAUCUUUAUGUAAUGGAAAAUUCCAUUGUUCUUCAUACUGGAAAUCAAUUCCACCCCAGCUUACCCUUUUUCUCAUUUAGGCCCGAAAAGUUAUCUCGAAUUCAUGGCUCCAGUAGAGAGCAAAUGUGGAGGAUCAAGCGCGUUAAAGCAACAGGUGAAAAUUCUGGGGAAGCUGCAAGUGCUGAUGAAUCGGAUGAUGCCUUACAGGUUACAAUUGAAAAGAGCAAAAAGGUUUUAGCCAUGCAACAGGACCUACUUCAACAGAUUGCAGAAAGAAGAAAAGUAGUCUCUUCAAUAAAAAGCAGUCUUGCCGAUGUUACUGGUACUUAUGAUGGUGGGAGUGGUAGCUUAUCAGAUGUUGAUAUCCCUGACGUGGAUAAAGAUUAUAAUGUUACUGUACCUAGUACUUCUGCUACUCCAAUUACUGAUGUCGAUAAAAAUACACCGCCUGCUAUAAGCGAAGAUUUUGUUGAGAGUAAAAGAGAAGUCAAAAGGGACCUGGCCGAUGAAAGGGCACCCCCACUGUCAAGAUCAUCCAUCACAGCCAGUAGCCAGACUUCCUCUACUGUAAGUUCCAAAAGAACGUUGAAUGUCCCUCCAGAAACUCCGAAGUCCAGUCAAGAGACACUUUUGAAUGUGAAUUCGCGCAAAAGUUUAGUCGAUGUUCCUGGAAAGAAGAUCCAGUCUUAUAUGCCUUCAUUAUGUAAAGAAUCCUCAGCACAAUCCCAUGUGGAACAGAGGAAUGAAAAUCUUGAAGGAUCAAGUGCUGAGGCAAACGAAGAGACUGAAGAUCCUGUGAAUAUAGAUGAGAAACCUCCUCCAUUGGCCGGAACAAAUCUUAUGAACAUUAUUUUGGUGGCUUCAGAAUGCGCUCCAUGGUCUAAAACAGGUGGGCUUGGAGAUGUUGCUGGAGCAUUACCGAAAGCUUUGGCUCGACGAGGCCACAGAGUUAUGGUUGUGGCACCUCGUUAUGACAACUAUACUGAACCUCAAGAUUCUGGUGUAAGAAAAAUUUAUAAAGUUCACGGUCAGGAUGUGGAAGUGACUUACUUCCAAGCUUUUAUUGAUGGUGUGGAUUUUGUUUUCAUUGACAGCCAUAUGUUUAGACACAUUGGGAACAACAUAUACGGAGGGAACCGUGUGGAUAUUUUAAAGCGCAUGGUUUUAUUUUGCAAAGCAGCGAUUGAGGUUCCUUGGCAUGUUCCAUGUGGUGGGGUCUGCUAUGGAGAUGGAAAUUUAGUGUUCAUUGCUAAUGAUUGGCAUACUGCUUUAUUGCCAGUAUAUCUGAAAGCUUAUUAUCGUGACAAUGGAAUUAUGAACUAUACAAGAUCUGUCCUGGUGAUUCAUAACAUCGCUCAUCAGGGUCGUGGUCCUUUGGAGGAUUUUUCAUAUGUAGAUCUUCCACCACACUAUAUGGACCCUUUCAAGUUGUAUGACCCAGUAGGAGGUGAGCAUUUCAACAUUUUUGCGGCUGGUCUAAAGACAGCAGAUCGUGUAGUUACAGUUAGUCAUGGAUAUUCAUGGGAACUUAAGACUUCCGAAGGUGGUUGGGGAUUGCAUCAGAUAAUUAAUGAGAACGAUUGGAAAUUACGGGGUAUUGUGAAUGGGAUUGAUACAAAAGAGUGGAACCCUGAGUUGGAUGUUCACUUACAGUCAGAUGGUUACGUGAACUACUCCUUGGACACACUGCAGACUGGCAAGCCUCAAUGUAAAGCUGCAUUGCAGAAGGAACUUGGUUUACCAGUUCGUGAUGAUGUCCCACUGAUUGGUUUCAUUGGGAGGCUUGACCCACAAAAGGGUGUUGAUCUGAUUGCUGAGGCAGUGCCUUGGAUGAUGGGUCAGGAUGUACAACUGGUCAUGUUGGGUACGGGGAGGCCUGACCUUGAACAGAUGCUAAGGCAAUUUGAGUGUCAACACAAUGAUAAAAUUAGAGGAUGGGUUGGUUUCUCUGUGAAGACUUCUCAUCGUAUAACUGCUGGUGCAGACAUUCUGCUCAUGCCUUCUAGAUUUGAGCCUUGUGGACUGAACCAGCUUUAUGCAAUGACAUAUGGGACUAUUCCUGUUGUUCAUGCAGUAGGAGGACUCAGAGAUACUGUGCAGCCCUUUGAUCCUUUUAAUGAGUCAGGACUGGGGUGGACCUUCAGUAGGGCUGAAGCUAACCAGCUGAUCCACGCAUUAGGAAAUUGCUUGCUGACUUAUCGUGAGUACAAAAAGAGUUGGGAGGGGAUUCAGACGCGUUGUAUGACACAAGACUUAAGUUGGGAUAAUGCUGCUCAGAACUAUGAAGAAGUUCUCAUCGCUGCUAAGUAUCAGUGGUGAGGUUCAUUACUUGUAGAUAUUUGGGGUUUUUAUCAAGUUCCAAUGAUGGCAUUUCAGAGACAUGUUACUGGUAUCGCCACGAGAGGAUGCAACAAGUUGGUUAACUAUCAUACUACUACCACGUCAGGAAUGAUUGCCGCGCUUGAUCAUAUAAUCAUGUAUAUACUCUAUUUUGUUAGCAAAAUGUAGUUACAUGUUGCAAUUUCUACUCUAUACUUUUUGGAAGUUUUAGUGUCAAAUAAUCAGCACCUCAAUUUUAGUUUAGAUGUA